UAAAAGUCAUGCUGUUAUUGUGGUUUAUAUUUGGUUACGUUUAUGUAACACAAGCUGAUCCAGAAGACUACCAAGCUAUAUUCGAAAGACUGAGACUUGCUUACUAUGCUAAACAUCUAGUUGCAGAUAAGCCUGCUCCAAUAUUUUCCGUUGGUAAAUAUAACAGAACAGCCAAUGUACUAAAUGCUUCCCUUGUCUUGUUAGAAGACUUGGAUGGGCGAGAAAUCGUGUCAACAACAAAAGCUUUUUUAUACUUAAACAACAGAUACAAAUUCACUGGCAUACAGCUGAAAGUAAAUGUCUGUGAAAUGUGGAUGAAAAACCUUUAUGGAAUACGUGAUAUUAUGGAACCUUGCGGGAACAUACAGCUGUGUGACAUUAAAAAGGGACCUCUGUAUAUAAGGAACUUUUGGCCUAAUCCGAAAUACUUUCCAAAAACUAUUCCAGUGGGAUCCUAUAAAAUAGAAUUGCAUUCCAAUUUAUUAAAUGGUACAAAACUAGUUCAAAUCAACUGGUAUGGAAAAGCGGAGCUAUAUUUUGAAGAAAUGAGGAAUAAGGACGUCAUAAAUGAGCCAUAGAUUACUCAUUGCAGUCUUUAUUAUUUAAUAUUCUUACAAAAAAAUAGGUUUUGUUUAAUAUUAUUAGAUAGUUAAUCGAGAACAUUAAUGAAAAUAACUUUUCCAUAUAUAUUAACAUCAAAUAUAACAUUAAAAAAGAAAUAAAAAUUCUGAACAUCUUAACAAAAAUAAUAAAAACACAGGCUAUUUUAAAUUAAUAAGGUCAACGUCAACAGAUGUCAACGUUUCACCUUUUUUGAACUUGGCUCUCCUAAAAUAAAAAAUGAAUAAUUGUAAACCCAAAUAAUUGUACAUGCAAGGCAGUUUUCCAGUUAAAUAUCCAAUAGAAUGAGGAACUUAAUUUUAAUUAAAAUUUCAGAUGACUAAGUGAGGCCCUCCCCACUCUUUGGGGGGGGUCUAUAUAUGAGUAUGCCACUACACGCGAGUGUACGAGGUGAUGAAGUUACUUGAAUGUUUUCACAUUUGAGAUAAAAGAUUUUAAUUCAAGUUAUUCAAGUAUUUUAGAGUUGUUUCAAAAUCUGAUGAGCUUUGACCUUCAUAUGCGCAGAAACAUAAUUCCGACCAUCGCCUAAAUUAUUCUACAUCCUAAAAACAUUACAUCUAUUAUUCACAGUCUAUCUCGAGCUCUCGUAGCAUAACAAGCCUUUGAUGCGAUUACAAAAUUACAAAUAUCAUAAUAAAAUGCCCUAUUCUUUAUUUUAAUUUAAGCAAUAAAAAAAUAUAUAAAACGAACGUUCGCCAGUUGACUUUAUUGAUGCGCGAGCGCCUUAGUUCGUUUCUGGUUGUAAUAAGGCAUGUGGUCUAAUUAUGAGUAAAUGUUUUCACAACGUGCUUAUUAGAAGAAUUAUGCGGAUACGCCACGCCUUUCACGCAUUUCACGGCUCAUGAAAUUUUGAAACUACUCUAACACUGGAAUAUUUGACUUGGUUUAUUAUUAUUACUUUUGAAUUACAGAUGCAUUUUUAUCAUUAAUUAUUUGAGUAUUUUAACUUAAGUUACAAAAGUGCUUGUACACUGAAAGUUAAGUUAAUAAAAUAUUUUGCACUCAAAUUGCAUCAUUUAAAUACUCUGAAAAUCUAACUACGAGGCAUAUCUACAAAGUAAGAGUAUUCAAUUUUUUGAAAAUGGAAACGGCAGUAUAUUUAUGAAAAAUUUUCACCAAACACUAUUUUUAGCGCAGUUGCCUUCAACUUCAAUGCACUUUCUGACCCGAGGAAUAAGCUUUCUGAUACCGUCAUCAAAAAAAUUUCCCACCCCCUCUCGGGCCCAUUGUUUCAUCGUCAGUAGAAAACCUUUUUCCACCCAUGAACAUCUUCAAAGAGAAAAGACGAAAAUCAGAAGGCUCUAGGUCAGGGCUGUGAGCGGGAUGGUUGAUGAUAUUCCAACCGAAUGAAUCCAAGAAUUACUUUGUGACUUUGGUUGUGUGGGGACAAGCACAGUCCCUUCAUUAACAUUCCCCUUCUUUUGUCUGUUUUGUCGCCCUCCGUAGUAUUUUCACAGUACCGUGCAGCAUUAAUUGUUUCACUCUGGGGCAAAAAGGGAAUUAUAUGAUUUUUCGGGCCAAAACAAUGGUUUUGAAUUUUUCGAUGAUAGUCACACAUUGAUUGUCUUUUCGUCAUAAAAAGAAGAAACUGGAUUACGCUCCUCACCUCGCAACUGGCGAGACUGGGAAAAGCGGCACUCAUUUCAACAUGCCACUACAACAACAGUUCCACAACACAACAAAAACCACAGAGCAUCAAUCUUGGUACUCCUACUUUGUGGAUAUGCCUUGUAUUUUAAUACUUAAGUUACAAAAGUGCAUGUACACUGAAUGUUAUCCGAGUUAUUAAAAAUAUUUUUGCAUCAGAUUGCACCAUUUAAAUACCUUGAAAAUUCAAUUUUAGCAUUUGAGUUUACACAUACCUGUAAAGUUUUUUGAGACAGAGUCUUCAUAACAUUCUGAAAAUGAGAACUGUAUAGUGUAUGAAGAGCAAUAAAGUGUAUUAAUUUUUUACCUAUAAUCAUAGUCGCAAUUAAAUUACUACUCUGGAUGUCUAGAAUGUCGUGCCAGUAAACUGAAAGAUAAAAAUUA